UAAUGUGGGAGAGACCGUGGAAGACAGGAGGACUGAGGAACCGCGCACACGCUCGGGGCUCAAGUGUAUCCAGGCUGGAUUCGGACCAAUGAGACGAACUGGAGUUAUUGUCGCAAAUCCAAUGCAAAGAUGUGAUAAAGUUCUGCUGUUGCUGUUCUGGGCAGAAGAGCCCCCGCGGCCGCUGCGCUGAUAAUAAAGGACUUCAUGACGGCGCUCCAGGUCAUCCAUCUCCAAGUCACGUUCCCCCGGCACCAGCGAGCAAAAAGUGACCAGUUCCAGAAGUCGUGGAAGCAGUUCUACCGAAACAGCCACAAAACUCAGGUGUCGCUUUGUUUCUUUACUCUAAGCUUGUUGACUUCAUGCAUCAGUGCGACUCCUGUGAAUGGAACAGCAGAUCUGCAGAUCUGUUUGAAAGGUCUGAAAGACGCCAUUGAGGGUUUUUCUGCUAGAGAGCAGAAUUCAUGGUUCCAUCAAUUGCAAGCAGUCAUUCAGCUCCUGAAGCAGCAAAGCAGCCCCAGACCACCACACUACCACCACCUUGUUUGGCUAAAUCUGAUGCCAUGCUGUACACCCCAAGUACAACCAGCCAAACAGUGUACACAUAAGGUGCUCCGGUGUUAUAUGCUUGAACUGAAGGUGAUCAUUCGGGAGGAAAAUGUGGACAUUAACAAAACAGAAUGCAUCCUUAUCUUCGACGAAAGAUUGAAACCUGAGACAAACUGCUCAGAAUGUGAAGUCUAUCCCCUCGAAAAUAGUACAACAUUCUACAACAAAUUUAAGACCAUUUUGGAAAGUCUAACAUCUGAAAAAAAUACAAUGUAAAUACUUGUAUAUAUUUGUAUAUAGAAAUAUUUUAUUCUGUGAAUAUCACAAUGUAAGCAUCAGAAUAGAUGACUGCCGUCCUUAUAUAUGAAUAUACGAAUGUCUCUUCCUUGUUUAUACUCCGGGUUUAUCUAUUUAAAAACAGUCUGAAUGUAUAUCAUGACACUGGUUCACCGUAUUCUGUUUUUGUCAGUUGUACAUUUGUACUUUAUGGCCAUAUUGUAUAAUAUUAAAGGUAUUGCUUAACACUACUGAAUGAAUACCUGUUAUGCAACUUGUUUAAACAAGGCACUUCUGUAUCUUUAUUAUACCUACCUUUGCAGUAAAUACUACAGUUUAUUGUAGCGCUUUUGAUUCCUUUUGAGUAUUAUUUACACAUUUGUUAUGCUGUACACAAAAGGCUAAGCUGAACAUUAGCGGGCACUGAGAACAAAAGAUGCGUCGCAGCACACACCCAAAAAGAAGAUCACACAUCUGGCCCAGUAAUGGCGUACAAGAACAUCUCAAUAAAUAUGAGCAUCAUUGAAAAGUUGA